CUCAAAAGUUGCGUGUGAUGUUGAGCCAUGGACGCUGUUGUACAUUUUCAUUUGGUAUGUGAAUGUUGAAUGCUCCAUCGCCACCCAACAAUAUCCCAGUCUCCUUCUCUCCACCAUCGCCACCACCAUCAUCUCCAUCUCUCUCUUCUUUGUGUACUCUGCCGCUAUGAAAAUACCUGAAACUGAGCAUAUCAACCAGCUUAUCUCUUCUCUGUCUGAUGAGAUACCUCAUAUACAGACCUUCAAAGGGAAAUGGGCAGUUAUCAGAGGCAAGCUGGGUGAUCUCAGGACCCAAGUGGCUGAUUUUGGUGAGUUUCCUGGGUUCAAGUCCAAUCCUCUUUCUAUGGAACUCAUGCAGUCCAUCUCGCAGACCCUACAAGACGCCGUUUUGGUGGCUUCGAGGUGUAGAGAGUCUGAGUUGUCUCAGGGGAAGCUCAAGACCCAGAGCGAUAUAGACUCGAUUUCCGCGAAGCUGGACCGUUUGAUCAAAGAUGGUGAGAUCUUGAUAGGGAGUGGAGUGCUUCAAGAUGGGGUAUUGGUGGGUUCGAAGAGGGAAGUGGUGCGAGCGGAGGCGAGGAACUUGAUAACUCGGUUGCAGAUUGGGAGUUCCGAGUCCAAGAACUUGGCGAUGGACUCGUUGUUGGGUUUGCUCUCUGAGGAUGACAAGAACGUGAUGAUCUCGGUGGCACAAGGCGUGGUUCCGGUGCUCGUACGCCUACUCGAUUCCAGCUCUUCUGUGGAGAUGAAGGAGAAGACCGUGGCGGUGAUUUCCAGGGUCUCGAUGGUGGAUAGUGGCAGAAAUGUGUUGGCUGCUGAAGGCUUGUUGCUUUUGAAUCAUUUGCUUCGAGUUCUGGAAUCGGGAAGUGGGUUCGCAAGAGAAAAGGCUUGUGUUGCCCUCCAAUCUCUGAGCUUUUCGAAAGAGAACGCUAGGGCAAUUGGGUGUAGAGGUGGAAUUUCAUCUCUAUUAGAGAUUUGUGAUGCUGGGACGCCGAGUUCUCAGGCUGUUGCGGCUGGGGUUUUGAGGAAUCUUGCUGGGUUUCAAGAAAUAAAGGAGAAUUUCAUCGAGGAGAAUGCGAUUUCUGUUAUUCUUAGGCUUCUGGCUUCGGGAACAGCCUUUGCGCAAGCAAAUGCAAUUGGGUGUCUGUGUAAUUUAGUAUCUGAAGAUGAGAAUUUGAAGCUUUUGGUUGCUAGGGAGGGAGGGAUCCAGUGUUUGAAGAAUUUCUGGGAUUCAGUUGGGGCAGUUGGAAGUCUUGAAAUUGCUGCCGAGUUCUUGAGGCAUUUGGCUUUGUGCCCGUCAAUUGCAGAAGUGCUUGUUUCUGAUGGAUUUAUUGGUCGGCUCAUGGUGCUGUUGAAUUGUGGGGUGGUAGGUGUGAGAAUUGCCGCAGCUAAGGCUGUUGAUGCAUUGGGCUUUAGCACAAAAUCGAGGAAAGAGAUGGGUGAAUGUGGGUGUAUUCCUCCACUGGUUGGAAUGUUGGAUGGUAAGUCUAUUGAAGAGAAAGCAGCAGCGGCGAAGGCAUUGUCCAAUCUCAUGCUCUAUGUGGGCAAUAGAAAGAUUUUUCGGAAGGAUGAAAGGGGAAUAGUGGGAGCAGUUCAGCUUCUGGAUCCUUUGAUACAUAAUUUGGAUAAGAAGUACCCUGUUUCUGUAUUGACCUCAGUUGUGAAUUCAAAGACCUGCAGAAAGCAAAUGGUUGCUGCCAGUGCUUGUGUAUACUUGCAGAAACUCGUCGAGAUGGAUAUUGAAGGGGCUAAGAAGCUUUGGGAAAGCCUUGGUCCGAGUAAGUUAUGGGGUGUUUUUGCCAGAUCAUAGUAAUGAAAGAUAUCUGAAAAUGGCAAUGCAUAUCAUGAACAGCAUUGUCAGGAAGAUUCAAUAAUUUGUAUCUACAAUUGUUGUGUUUUCUUUUUGUUUUCCUUUUUUUCUUGUCCAUAAUUGUAGGUAGAAUUUGCCCUAGUAAAGUAAAUGUUCGUAGCCUAAUUUCCCGAUGAAAACUUAUGUGUAGAGCUGUGAUCUUGGUUUGUUGAUCUAACUGGAUUUGAGUGUUAUGUUUUUCUCCCAAGAAGCCAAUAAAUUAAUAAUGCUUUAUUCUCUAUGAGUU